CUAUUUUGCUUGUACUAUCAGAACAUGAAACUAUGUAUAUAUAUUAGUGCAGGUGUGUGAAGGACGUUUAUUUGUGCAACAUGGGGUGGUAUCAGGUGGUUGUGUUGGUGUGUGUGUGCGUGACACAGUUUGAGUCAUAUCACGCUCGUGUAUUUCUGGAAAAUGAUUCGUUAAUCAGAAAAGCAAGAUCACACUCACCACAAGCUGAAACUAAUGAAGACCUGGCAUUAGAGCCAGUACAAUACAAUGUUGCCACAGAACAAGAAUGUACAACAUGCAGCACAGGUAAGAGAAUACGUAGAGAGGCAACAAGCGGUCCAAAUAAUAAAGGAAAAGGGAAAAAAAUUGUAACCACAAUUACAAUUUCACCUCAUAGCCAAUUACCACCGCUAAGAAUUAAUGUUAUACACAAUUUGACUGAACCUAAAAGCACUGGCCCAAAGUCUAACAAUACGAAACCAAAAACACCAAGUACUAACGCAACUGCUCCAGGCCAUAAUACAACAACGCCCUCUUCAGAAAGUCCGUCGCCUAAUCAAAGUCCAAAACCGCCUCCUAAUUCAGGGCCGGGAAAUGAUACCAACUCACAACCACCAAGUUCUAAUGCUACAAACCAUUCUACGUCACCACCGAAACAAAAUACAACGGGAUUGGAGCCUUCUAAAAAUUCAAGUAAACCACCAGAGCCAUCAAGUUCUCAAGCUGACACUACAAAUUCAUCUGCUUCAAGUAGCGGUGAUGGAUCCCAAGCAACUGCUACUACAUCUACAGCCAAAAAUGCAUCUAGUAGUGAUACUAAUGCCCCUGAAUCUAAUCAAAAUCCAAAUCAAACACCACAACCAUCAAGCACUAAUACUACAGAAUCAAAAGAUCCUCCAACAGAACCAACUAAUGACACACCUAAUAAACCGAAAACGCCACAAGACUCUCCAUCUCCAUCAAAUCAAAAUGAACCAGAAGAUCAAAAUAAACCAAACAACACGCAAAAUUCUCCACAAAAUAAAACUUCGACCUAACAAACGUCACUUCUAGCAAUUAUACUGUAUCAAAUACAAAUUUCACCAUCAACGGAUCUCACAUACCAAUAGCGCUCACAGAAACUAAAAAUAUUACUACUCAAACAUUCUCAAUAUCCGAAUCAGCAGAAAAUUCUACUUCCAUAUCUUUCGACGGAAUGGUAUUUAACGCAACAAAUGUCACCAAUACUAGAAAUAUGCAUGGAAGCGCUGCCUCAGACGCAGUAAUUACCGAAACGUUUGUAGUAACCACUGAAGUAAAAAAGAUCAAUGGAUCAACUUCUAAUAUCAGCGCAAUAGCCAAUAAUAAAACGGACGAAUUUUCUCCUACUACAGUCAUUAAUGCAACAAAAACAAUUGUCACGGUCAAAGAAACAGUCACCGAAUCAUUUUCUAAUGAUACUGCUAUCUCGUAUAAUGAAACGUUAUUAUCUUCCAAUAAAACCGAUUCUUCUAACAACAACAGUACAGGAGUAAUGACGUCAUCUGUAGAUAAUGCAGAGGUUCUUACAAUGACAAGUACAUUAACAUCUGAGCAAGAUACCAUUACGGAGUCGGAGCCCGAUAGUGGAAAAAACAGGAAUGACACGUUUGGACCACAAACAAUCACUAUGCAUGUAAAUAUGUCAACAGUCGUAGACACGGUAUCGGAGUCAAAUUCUAGCGCUACCGCAUUAGCGUAUGAUUCCAACACAUCAAACAAUGGCACAGACGACUUUUCUGCAGCAUCAGCCACUGCGUCAAGUGUCACAGAAACAUAUCAAGCAUCAACUGGAAAUUUCGCCAUCUUAGAAUCCAAUAACACGUCCCAAGAUGCUCCUACCAAAUCUGUAUUGGAAACUGGAUCUUACAACGCCAGUCAAGAUUAUAUAAGUAAAGGUAAUGCCAAUGCUUCAUCAGAGAGUUUUGGCAAAAAUGCGACUGCUAUUGCUGUUGCCAGAGCAGAUUCAGCUAUUAUUAAAGUAUUUGAUAAAGAAACCGAAAACAUUAGUAGAGAAAACCCACAAAGCAACAGCCCAAAAGCUCUGCCAGUGACUGAUAAUCAUAAAAAUGAACAAAAUACAUCAGGAACUCCUAUUGUGAACAUAUCAAGUAUUGAAAAUAAAUCAGCAAGUACGCUAGACAUGAAAUUACCAGCAAACGAAACAAAUACUAAACCAAUUGACACUUUGAACACAAGUAAUAAUAAAAAUUUUGUGAACAAUGUUACGGUACCAUAUCUGUUAAGUUCGAAUGAAACAAAUCAACUUGGCAAUUUUUCACUAAUCAAUGGUACCAUACACAAUAAGUUAUCGCCAGCCCUAGAACCAAAUACAACUAUCAAUGAUGGUGCCAAAUCAACUAAUAAUUCAUCAUGUAUUCCAAAAAUUUCGCAACAAGAACACUUCGGCAUGGUUCCAAAUGAAGUCAGACAUCAAACGAACAAGUUGUCAACCCUAAACAUGACAAAAAAUGCCACUAGCACAAUAGGAACUGAUUCUAAAGUAAAUGCUGCCAAUAUCACAAAUAAUUCGAGUAAACAUUUGGAUUACAAUGAUACUAUUAUCGGAACAACCAAUAUAAAAUUAAACAACGAUUUACCUAAAUCCAACGUAAAUCAUUCAACCCAUGAAUCUUUCGCUGAAGUGAUUUCUGAAUAUUCUUCGGGUCCAAAAUUGGUUACUACUAGUAAUUAUACUAUAUCCCAUGUCAACUCAACUAUCAACGGAUCACACAUUCCAAUAGCGCUCACAGAAACUAAAAAUAUUACUACUCAAACAUUAUCAAUAUCCGAAUCAGCAGCAAAUGCUACUUCCAUAUCUUUCGACGGAAUAGUAUUUAAUGCAACAAAUGGCACCAAUUCUAAAGGAAAUAUGCAUGGAAGCGCUGCCUCAGACGCAGUAAUUACCGAAACGUUUGUAGUGACCACUGAAGUAGAAAAGAUCAAUGGAUCAACUUCUAAUGUCAACGCAAUGACCAAUAAUAAAACGGACGAUUUUUCUCCCACUACAGCCAUUAAUGCAACAAAAACAAUUGUCACGGUCAAAGAAAUAGUCACCGAAUCAUUUUCUAAUGACACUGCCAUCUCGUAUAAUGAAACGUUACCAUCUUCCAAUAAAACCGACUCUUCUAACAACAACAGUACAGGAGUAAUGAUGUCAUCUGUAGAUAAUGCAGAGGUUCUUACAAUGACAAGUACAUUAACAUCUGAGCAAGAUACCAUUAUGGAAUCGCAGCCCGAUAGUGGAAAAAACAGGAAUGACACGUUUGGACCACAAACAGUCACUAUGCAAGCAAAUAUGUCAACAGUCGUAGACACGAUAUCGGAGUCAAAUUCUAGCGCUACCGCAUUAUCGUAUGAUUCUAACGCAUCAAACAAUGGCACAGACGAUUUUUCUGCAGCAUCAGCCACUGCGUCAAGUGUCACAGAAACAUAUCAAGCAUCAACUGGAAAUUUUGCCAUCUUAGAAUCCAAUGACACAUCCCAAGAUGCUCCUACCAAAUCUGUAUUGGAAACUGGAUCUUACAACGCCAGUCAAGAAUAUAUAAGUGAAGAAUCCAGUGACUACUAACGAUAUUUAUCAACACAGCAACUCUUUAAUAAAUAAUAAUACUACAUACAUUACAUUUUGAGAAAGAAUGAGAAAACACAUACACACCAGAUAAGUAACACUCACUUCAAAUCUGCAGCUCAUCACGUUACAACAGGUCCAGCGAGUUAUAGAACUACGACUCCCCAGAUCACAAUCAAUAAUUAUACAAUUGAAACAGUAAAUUUACCCAUAAAUGAAUCUUCAACACCAAUUGUGCUCACAAAAUCAGAAAAUGAAACGACUAAAAUAUUUACUAUAUCUGGAUCAGAAGCAAACGUCACUUCAAUCUCUAUUGAUGAAGUCACUUUCAAUAAAACUAAUAUGACUAAUGUUUCGAAGAUCUUAGAUAAAAAUACAGAAUCGAAUUCUGACAUCACUGAAACUUUUGUUGUCACAAGUGAAAUAGAAAAGAUAAAUGGGUCUCUGACAAAAUCAGAAGAUAGCGCUUACCACGAAAAUGGUGCUAAUAUAUCAGAGGCAGAAUAUUCAGCAAUCGUUUUUAAUGGAACUCUUGAACUUAUAGCUGUUGAAGAAAUUAUUAAGGAUUCGUAUUCAAACAGCACUGCUAUUUCUGCAAAAAAUGUUGAAGGAGAUAUAACAACAAAUAGUAACAGAUCUAGUAAUUUUGUUGCUGAUGAUUGAAACUUAUAAAAUAACUACCGAAAACAAUACCAUCACAGAUUCAAUGCAAUCUCUGUAAUCAGGGACGGCAUAAAUUCAUAUGAGGCUUCUUCUGCGACAAUGCACAUAACAGAGACGAAAUCCUUAAAUACAACGAGAAAAUCCGUAAGUGAAACCAAUGCACACGCCUCUUCGGAAAUUGUUGGUGUAAAUGCAAACGCAGAAGCUUUAGCAAAAGCAACUCCAGUCUCAGUUGAAACAGGACACAGAGUGAAGAUGUUAAUGGUGAAAACCCAACUACAAAAUCAGAUAAAAAAUCAUUAGAUAAUGAAAUGACGAAGACGUCACAAACAAUAAUUAAAUUGUUUUUAAUAACACCUUAAAUAUACAUUUUGUUAUUGUAUAGAGAUUUGUUUACUAUUUAUUAAAGAAUAUAAUGACACAAAUAUAAAAGUACAACUUCUUUAUGAUCCUAAAGAUAUUAAAAAGUGCAAACAAACUCAGACUCAACAAGUCAGAUUCCUUCAAGUUUUUAUGAAAGUGUUUUGUUAUCAUUAUCUUCUUUACGGUUGUGCUAUUACUAACUCUGCUGGAGUGAUUAUUCAAGUUUCAAGAUUAGAAGUUAUUUACCGCUAUCAUCUUGGGCCGCAGCUCGUCGACCGAGUUCAUGAUGCAUUUGUCCACGUUCGGGUCAUUGCGCUGGCAGACUUUGAUGUAUGGCGCUGAAAAGACAACAUUCAAACUUUAAACAAGGUUUUUACAAAAAUGACAUGUUUGAUGUAAUUUUUGCUUAGAAAAAUGAGAUUUUUGGUUAUGAAUAAAGUUUUCAAAGUUUCUGAGCAAAAUAAACAAUGCAUGAAAAGUAUGUUUGGUCUACAACCCCUGCGCAUUUUUAUAUUUUCGCUGUACAGUCAACAGCACAUCGACCAACUGAUAUUCAUUGCAAACUCUCCGCUAUUACCGCACGAUAGAAGUUCAUGCUGGAUAACUUUAUGUGCUGUUGACUGUACUUAUGGCUAAUGGGCAAAAAUUAACCUCUGAGGUGCAAAACAGACACACAUUUCAAGAUAAAUACCAGCAAAAGAAAACAUCAUUCGAAUUGCUAGUAAGUAAAUACUUAUACAACCUGAACUGCCGGCCGGCAUACGCUAACUAAGCCGGUGCAUCGAGCAAGCACAGUCACGUGCAUGCGUUGCAUCAGCUGCAACACUCACGUUUCGUCGCGUUUCACUGGUUAGAGGUCGCCGUCAUUUAAAUACGCUUUUAGGAUAAACAUAUACCUACUGUAACUGCAUAAAAAUAAGAGAAACAAUUAUUUAUAUACACAGAUCCCUGAGAUUCCACCGCUGUAUGAGGCUUGCGGAGCAGGGAUUUUCAAAGUAUAAAUAUGUCAACAUAUACAAUUGCUUUUUGGAAGAAGACAGUAUUAACCUAGGUUUCUGUUCAAUCAUUUUUCAAAAAUGUUCACUCACUUCAAAUACAUGCGGUUUCGUUUCUACGUACAAAAUGCCAUUCGCAUAUAUUUGUUAGUUUAUUCGCGUUUGGAAUAUUAGUUUUGAAUAUUAUCGCUAUCGAAAGUGCACUUAGUCUAUUAUUAUGAUAUACAAAUAUUAUACAGUAAAAAAAUUGUAUUCAAUUUCGUUACCUAAGAAAACCCUGAUGCCGCGUAAUCUAAUAAAAUUGGCCUAUACAUGCUGUCGAUCUACUGCUGAAAAGAGUGUCGCUGCUGACAAAAGCUUGUCAAGAAGUAAAAUAUUAAAAUUGACCAAACAUUGUAUAACGAACGUAUUGUGUUGUAUGCUCACAUCUAAAUUUAUUUUUCAGUUGGUCAUUUUACCGUACUAUAAUCCUGCCCUAUUUGAAACUGGUAUUGGAAGCCGGUGCGUUAAGUUAUGUCAUUCAGGCGAUUAUAACAUCGACUGCAGAAUUCUAGACCUUAGGCUAUACACGGCUAUAUACUCACACGUAUUUUCCUAUGUGAUAAAAUGCUUAACUGUCAGUUCAUUUCAUUUUGAAUUAUUUUUAAAUUCCUGUCUGUCCAGGUUUUUAUAUUUAUCAUUGUCACCUUAAAACUAGACACAGGGCAGAGUGACUGCCUACAAUUAUAGUUGAUUUACUUAUAAAUACAUAAGUAUUAACUUAUUAUUAAGUUAAACGUAAAUAACAUUCCUAUUAAGUAUAAUUAAAUAAUAUAUACUUCCUUCCAAAA